AUGGAUAGCGAUGAGUAUAAAAAAGAAGUUGAAGCAAAUGUAAAGGCAGAAAAACUUUUACAGUUGCAAAACCAAACCGUACAGUAUGAAAACUUAGCACAAGAAAGUAAAAAUAACGACGCAGCCAUGCAAAAGGCAAUGAAAAGCGCAGAAUAUAUAAAAGCUAACAAUGACUGGUUAGAUGCCCAAGCCAACGCUAAAGCAGCCCAGCUUAUAGGGUCAAUAAGGACAAAAAUACAAGCGGAUGAAGACAGUUCAAAUGAAGCUUUAACAAAUGCUGACUUUAAGAACGCCUUCGAAGCUCUUCAUAGUAAGGUGAAACAAGUGAACGACUUCUCAUCUGGAAAGAAACUGAAGUCUGAAGGUUUCGACAAAGAGUUAAAAGAAGUAGCACAAAAUAUGACGAAAAUAACAGAUGCAGCAACGAGACAGGCAGUUCAAAGUGCCUAUGACGCCGUUAGAGCAACUGUUGUGAAAAGUCAAGAAAAAGAGUUACAACAGACCAAAACAGACCUAGUAAAUGCUUUCUUAAGAACGAAAAGUCAGGUAGGACAUUAUGCUGCAGAUGGAACAUAUGUGCCAGCUGGUGGAACUUAUAUACCAGCUGGUGGAACUUAUAUACUAGCUAGUGGAACUUAUAUACCACCAAACCCUCCAAGAGAAGCACCUGCACCAGGACUACCUAAAACAUUUACAUCGUCACAUGGACACAGACACAGGCAUGCACCAAAACCAACAGUUCAAAAUCCAGCACAGCAACCAACAGUUCAAAAUCCAGCACAACAACCAGCACAGCAACCAACACAACAACCAGCACAGCAACCAACAGUUCAAAACCCUGCACAACAACAACCACAAACAGAGCAAGGACAUAAAAGAAGUAGAGAACAAGGAAACCAAGAAUUCUUAAAAAUGCUAAAGGAAAAAUAUGGUUACCCAGAUACUAUUGACUUUAGUGACAGAUAUAAAGAAGCUAUUAGAAAGUUCAAGGAAGAAAAUACUGACCCGAACCUAUUUAGCUUUAUGGCUCAGCAUAAAAUCGGAUAUAAUUUCAAACCUGGAAAAUACAAGCUCGCUAAGGGAUAUGAUUUAAUAGCAUAUCGUCCAAAUGACAUGACUGAAUUUACUCCGAGAUAUUUUAUGUCAGAGAUAAAUGAUGAUUCAACUAUCUUCAUGAAACGCGUAAAAAAUAGAGACGGAACGAAAGAAGAAAGGCUUAUGAAUGCAGAUGACUUAAAUAGGGAACUUGUUAAAAACGGUCUCGGAAUAUAUGAAAUGCCAGCAGAUGAGGUACAAGAAACUCCACAGGAAGAAGUUCAGAUACAACCAGACAUGGAAGAAAUAG